CGAGGCGCGUCACCGCGCCCGCCCCCGGCCCGCCCUCUGGCCUGGGCGGCCGCAUUUAAUGGCGGGCGCGCGGGCUGCGGCGGGCUCCAGGGCGGCCCAGCGCAGCUGACGAGCAGAGCCAGCAUGUCGGGGACCCGAGCUUCCAACGACCGGCCCCCCGGCGCGGGCGGCGUCAAGCGGGGGCGGCUGCAGCAGGAGGCGGCGGCGACCGGCUCCCGUGUGACCGUGGUGCUGGGCGCGCAGUGGGACGAGGGCAAAGGCAAGGUGGUGGACCUGCUGGCCACGGACGCCGACAUCAUCAGCCGCUGCCAGGGGGGCAACAAUGCUGGCCACACCGUGGUAGUGGAUGGCAAGGAGUAUGACUUCCACCUGCUGCCCAGCGGCAUCAUCAAUACCAAGGCUGUGUCCUUCAUUGGCAAUGGUGUGGUCAUCCACCUGCCAGGCUUGUUCGAAGAGGCAGAGAAGAAUGAGAAGAAAGGUCUGAAGGACUGGGAGAAGCGGCUCAUCAUCUCUGACCGGGCCCACCUGGUGUUUGACUUCCAUCAAGCAGUGGAUGGGCUGCAGGAAGUGCAGCGUCAAGCUCAAGAGGGGAAGAAUAUUGGCACCACCAAGAAGGGAAUCGGACCAACCUACUCCUCCAAAGCUGCCCGGACGGGCCUCCGCAUCUGUGACCUGCUGUCAGAUUUUGAUGAGUUUUCUACCAGAUUCAAGAACCUGGCCCACCAGCACCAGUCCAUGUUCCCCAACCUGGAAAUAGAUGUCGAAGGCCAACUUAAAAGGCUCAAGGGCUUUGCUGAACGGAUCAGACCCAUGGUCCGAGAUGGUGUCUACUUCAUGUAUGAGGCACUCCACGGCCCCCCUAAGAAGAUUCUGGUGGAAGGUGCCAAUGCAGCCCUCCUUGACAUUGACUUUGGGACCUACCCCUUUGUGACGUCCUCCAACUGCACAGUGGGCGGUGUGUGCACGGGCCUGGGCAUCCCCCCCCAGAACAUAGGCGAUGUGUAUGGUGUGGUGAAAGCCUACACCACCCGCGUGGGCAUCGGGGCCUUCCCCACUGAGCAGAUCAAUGAAAUUGGAGACCUGCUACAGAACCGUGGCCAUGAAUGGGGGGUGACCACAGGCAGGAAGAGGCGCUGUGGCUGGCUAGACCUGAUGAUCCUAAGAUACGCUCACAUGGUCAAUGGAUUCACUGCGCUGGCCUUGACCAAGCUGGACAUCCUGGACGUCCUGAGUGAGAUUAAGGUUGGCAUCUCAUACAAACUGAAUGGGAAGAGGAUUCCCUACUUUCCAGCUAACCAGGAGAUACUUCAGAAGGUAGAAGUGGAGUAUGAAACACUGCCCGGCUGGAAAGCAGACACCACGGGCGCCAGGAAGUGGGAAGACCUGCCCCCCCAAGCCCAGAACUACGUGCGGUUUGUGGAGAAUCAUGUGGGCGUGGCAGUCAAGUGGGUUGGUGUUGGCAAGUCCAGAGAGUCCAUAAUCCAGCUGUUUUAGAUCCAAUGGAGCCGAGACUGGCAGGCUACAUCAGCAUUCGGUCCCCAAACCAGCAGUGCAGACGUGUUCCUCAGCCCUCACAACCAGCACCAUAAACAAAAAAAAUGUAAAACUGAUUUUCUGUACUUUUAUUUUUCUAUUUAAGCCUUCAGCUCAACCCAUUGAAUUCUACAAUGAUUUUAAACAUCUGAAAGUCAGCACUAUGUACAUUUUUAAAAAUUCUACUAUUUAAAAUGAGCCUACAUGCUCAAAGCAGAGUCCUUCUGUGACACAGUGAUUGUCAUAUAGUGUGUGUCUGGUUGGAGCCAUGUGGCAAUAAACAUAUCCGGUAGCCACUGAGUAAGAAUGGUCAUUACGUGCUCGUCUUGACUUUGUCGUUGACGCUUUUAAAUGCUAAAGGGCGACCACUCCCCAUAGCCAGAGUCUGCAUGAGGCAGCUUCCUAAGGAAAAAACCCACCCCAGUGUCUGAGAACCCGCUACUGCAGGCAGAAAGUGCCAUGAGACCCAAGAGGCAGACAGAUUUAGGACUGCACACAGUGCCAUUUAUUGGGGACUUUCAGAUAGCAGCCUGUGUUGGACAGUAGCAAGACAGAAGAUCCCACAUCCCAAGGCCGGAGGAAGGGGUUUGUAUACUAAGUUAGGUAAAAGUGGGCCACAGCCAGUUGAAAUCUACCUGGCCUUUCUUAAAAACUAUUAACAUGGCCAACAUCAGUUAGGAAGCAUGUCACAUGUCUGUGGCCAGCGUGUCACUCUUGGCUUGCAAUCUUCAUGAGGCUGUCCUGCAAGGUUUGGGAUAGCUACAGGUCACCUGAUAGGCAAAAUGGGGGUUAUGACCAAGAUGGCUGUUGUCAGGUCAAGCUGGAUCCUUGCAUUUUGGUUUUACAAAGCCAAGAUAUGUAUUUGCUCAGAAAAUGAAAUGGAACAAGCCCAUGUAGGACAGACAAGAGUAUUAAAUGUUUUUCAAAGCUAACCACUUUAGCAAAUUACACUCUAGCCCUACUACCAGGUCGGACCUAUGGGGUGAUUCAAAGCAGCCCUUCCUGCCCCUAGGGAUGGUGAGCCCAUGGGCAGCCCCUCUUCAUUCCAGUUGGGCACUCCGAACUUCAUUUUAUUUAAUCAGCCACUCCUUUACUGACCAGUCUCAUAGUGCCAACUAUGGUCUUUGCUCACAGGGACACAGACUGGGCUCCUCGAAUGAUAUUCUGGAGUUCGGGGAACAUUUGGAAAAACUGGCUGCCCUCCAUAUUCUGUCAGAGAGGGAAGAAGACACACGGAGAAGUGUAAUCUAGCUAGCUUUGACUUUUCACACUAAGUCAAUCAGUCUCACCCUGCUGAAGUGCCAGGUGGACUUGCUUUCCCAUGGACUCUGCCAGCCCCAAACAUCCUGCACACUCAGCCUGGAUGGCCACACCGGGGAGAAGCCAACUCAGGCAACAGUGCCCCAGGUGGGUGGGCUCAAUGUGGAAACUCCGGUGACUGCACACCACACUCACUGGCAACUUUUCCAAAUGGUCCAAGAUGGGCCUUCAGAACUCGAGAGAAGAUGGGACUGCAUGGUGCAACCCUCUGAGGGGAACCCACUUCCUCUCUGAGCCCAAGGCUCAGCUUCCUGGGCCCUCAUGCUCAGUGAACACCACGGUUCUUUGGGUUUUCUGGGAAUUACUUCGUUCCAUAAUAUAGCAAAAGAGGAGAAAAAAGAGAGUUUACCCUCUUUUCCUAGUGGCACUUUGCAUGGACAACACAGCCCCAGGAUAGAACAGGGCAGUAAUGAUGUCUAGUCAACAUACAGGUAAAAGGCAAAUGAGUGAUUUGUAGUGAAUUCUCAUAAUUUUUUUGCCUCCUGGACAUCCAUUCUGAGUGCACUGAACUUCCUCAUACCAGAGGCAGGCUCAGUCACCUUUGACAGUUUUUGGCUCUACACCUCCUCCCAGUCUUCAAGGUGGUCUAGACAGGUGUCAUGUACCGUUGCCUCUCCCUGUGGGGCAGCUGGAGACAACCUCACCCUACCCUCUGUGCUGUGUGGGCUGUGCAUAUGUGCCAUGGUACCUGUCAUCCAUAGUAGGACCCCUGAGGCUCUGCACCCCACUAGAACUCCCUGUCAGAACCUCAUGGAAAGCUCUGUCCUGCAGGUCUUUCUCAUUUCCUCCCACUCCUCAGUCCUCACCCGAUGCCUGGGCACCUGGGGCCUGAAUUGCUCCCCCUCCCACCGUGGCCACUGUCUUCUCUCAGGUCUGUGACAAACUGCUUCUGUCAUUCUGUGGGGUUUGCUGAGCUGUCGUUUCUGUUUCGAACCUGAUUCACACCCAAACCUGACCUCCCAUCAGAGCUGCCCUAGAAUGCAGCUAUCUAGGCAGGAAUAAACUGAACACAAGUCAGACAAGAGCCUCAGGGCAUCUGCCAGUGCAAACAGCUUCCUGCAAGAAAGAGAAACACUGGUCAGAGCCAGACAGUCAGCAUUAGGCUGCCCCCAGGAUAAGAAAGUACACCACUGUAUGAGUCAGUUUUCCUUGCUAUGACAAAAUACCUGAAAAAAUAAGGGAGGAAGGAUUUAUUCUGACACAGUUUGAGGUUUCAGGCCAUGGACAGGUGGCUGGCUUUGUUGCUCUGGGUCUACAGCAAGGCACAAACAUCAUGGCAGGAGGGCCUGGCAGAGGGAAGGUGCUUACCUUGUGGCAGCCUGGAGCAGAGAAAGGAAGACAGGAAGGAAUCAGGAACAAGAUAUACCGUCAAAGGCUCACUCCAGUGACCUGCUUCAUCCACCCGGGGCCCACCUUCUAAUGGUCCAUUCAGCAUGAACUCACUGAUGGACUAACCCACUGAUAAAGUUAGCACCGUCAUGCUGGGCACUGGUGGCUACACCUGUAAUCUUACCAGAGGCAGAGAUCAGGAGGGUCACAGUUCGAAGCCAGCC